GCACCCUCAUGGCGCCAUCUGAUUGGCCGACGACCGCCCCUACCCGGCCCUGGCCCUAUUCCCACCGGGUGCACCCGAUCUUCCUCUCGCCUACCCGAAAAUGGCUGGGCUAUUCGACCAACAGACCACCAGCAGACCACGCUCACGAACACACAUCACUAACACCCCGCACUCGAGUUCCGACGCUUCCGACGGCGGGCGGACGCGGACCUAACACGGCUAACGCGGCGGAACUCUCGUUUGAAGUGGAUCAGUGGACCUCUCUCCUGCAACACGGCGGAACUCUCGUUUGAAGUAGAUCUCGCUCCUGCAAGUAGAUCUCGCUACUCAACCCACCAAGUUCCUCGUGGUUAAUCUCGGCACUCGUGCCUGAACAGUCGACUGGCAUCGGCAGAAUAUAAGCGAUGAAGUAGAGAACACCGCGGUCCUCGCGCACGGCGCGUGCUACUUCACCACCAGCCAUCUUAGGACAGCGUUCAUGCUGCGUGUACCACCACUCUCUCUAUAUUUCACCAUCUCCUGUGGCAAGCCCGCAGUUCCUUGUGUCUCCCACGUACUCACGAGAGGUCGAAGUCAAGGAACCAUUAUCGUUAAUCCGAGGUCCCACGGCAUCCACUGCCUGCUGCUGCUGCAUUACUAUAUGUAGUCUAUGUACGAUCCUCUUCCUACACAACAAUGUGUCACAUAUCUCCGGUCUUGAUCGAGACAUAACCAUGGCAUCCACUGCUUGCUACUGCUGUAUUGCUGUGUACGAACGACCCUCUGCGUACACAACAACGUGCAAUACAUCUCCGGUCUUGAUGUGUCUAGAAAUGUAUUCCAGACGAAAGCGACACCCUGAUGCUUCUGUGCCUGAUGCUUCCGUGGACAUAGUCUAUCUGAGCUGCGUCAUGUAUUCGUGUGCAGCUCAAGUGAUCACGUGAGUGAGGUAUUGAGAGGUAUUCAUCCACCGCCGCCCGCCUGGCCCUCUCCCUCCUCCCUCUCCGAUACGAAAUGAGAACCGAGAGAGUUUCGCCGUCGGCGGUGGGUUGCAGGAGGGUCUUGCAGGAGAGAGGUCCACUGAUCCACUUCAAACGAGAGUUCCGCCGCGUUAGCCGUGUUAGGUCCGCCU